CGCAGCGGGCAGCGGGCGGGCAGGCAUGCCACCGCUCCCGGCGUCCCUGCUCUGCCUGGUGCUGCUGCCCGCUCUAGGCGCACGAGGCCUGCGAUGUUCCCAGCCCGGCGAGACCUGCUUGAAUGGCGGGAAGUGUGAAGUGUUCCUCAACGGCACGGAGGCCUGUGUCUGCAGUGGGGCCUUUGUGGGCCAGCGAUGCCAGGCACAAAGCCCCUGUCUCAGCGCCCCCUGCAAGAAUGGCGGGACAUGCCACAUGGUGGAUCACGGCGGUGUGGCAGACUACACCUGCAGCUGCCGCCUGGGAUUCUCCGGACCCCUCUGCCUGACGCCCCAAGACAACGCCUGCCUUUCCAACCCCUGCCGCAACGGUGGCACCUGCAACCUGCUCACACUCACAGACUACAAGUGUCUCUGUCCUCCAGGCUGGUCAGGGAAGAUGUGCCAGCAGGCUGAUCCAUGUGCCUCCAACCCCUGUGCCAACGGUGGCCAGUGUCUGCCCUUUGAGGCCUCAUACAUCUGUGGCUGCCCACCUGGCUUCCAUGGCUCCACCUGCAGGCAGGACGUGAAUGAGUGCAGCCAGAACCCUGGGCUCUGCCACAACGGCGGCACCUGUCUCAACGAAGUCGGCUCCUACCGCUGCGCAUGCCGCGCCACCCACACUGGCCCCCAUUGCGAGCUGCCCUAUGUGCCCUGCAGCCCCUCCCCUUGCCAGAAUGGGGGCACCUGCCGCCCCACGGGGGACACCACCCACGAGUGCGCCUGCCUGCCAGGCUUUACCGGCCAGAACUGCGAAGAAAAUAUUGAUGACUGUCCAGGAAACAGCUGCCAGAACGGGGGCACCUGUGUGGACGGCGUGAACACCUACAACUGCCGCUGCCCACCGGAGUGGACAGGUCAGUACUGCACCAAGGACAUGGACGAGUGCCAGCUCAUGCCCAAUGCCUGCCAGAACGGUGGGACCUGCCACAACACCCUCGGCGGCUACAACUGCGUGUGUGUCAAUGGCUGGACGGGUGAGGACUGCAGCGAAAACAUUGACGACUGCGCCAGUGCUGCCUGCUUCCACGGUGCCACCUGCCAUGACCGAGUGGCCUCCUUCUACUGCGAGUGUCCCCAUGGCCGCACAGGUCUUCUGUGUCACCUCAAUGACGCCUGCAUCAGCAACCCCUGCAAUGAGGGCUCCAACUGUGACACCAACCCUGUCAAUGGCAAGGCCAUCUGCACCUGUCCCUCGGGGUACACAGGGCCAGCCUGCAGCCAGGAUGUGGAUGAGUGCUCUCUGGGUGCCAACCCCUGCGAGCACAAGGGCAAGUGCAUCAACACACAGGGCUCCUUCGAGUGCCGGUGUCUGCAGGGCUACACUGGCCCGCGCUGCGAGAUUGACGUCAAUGAAUGUGUCUCGAACCCGUGUCAGAAUGAUGCCACCUGCCUGGACCAGAUCGGGGAGUUCCAGUGUAUCUGCAUGCCUGGCUACGAGGGUGUACACUGUGAAGUGAACAGAGACGAGUGUGCCAGCAGCCCCUGCCUGCAGAAUGGCCGCUGCCUGGACAAGAUCAACGAGUUCGUGUGCGAGUGUCCCACAGGCUUCACUGGGAACCUGUGCCAGUAUGACGUGGACGAGUGCGCGAGCACGCCCUGCAAAAACGGCGCCAAGUGUCUGGACGGGCCCAACACCUACACCUGCGUGUGCACGGAAGGCUACACGGGGCCUCACUGUGAGGUGGACAUCGAUGAGUGUGACCCUGACCCCUGCCACUACGGGUCCUGCAAGGAUGGUGUCGCCGCCUUCACCUGCCUGUGCCGGCCAGGCUACACGGGCCACCACUGUGAGACCAACAUCAACGAGUGCCACAGCCAGCCCUGCCGCCACGGAGGCACCUGCCAGGACCGAGACAAUGCCUACCUCUGUAUCUGCCUCAAGGGGACCACAGGACCCAACUGUGAAAUCAACCUAGACGAUUGUGCCAGCAACCCCUGCGACUCUGGCACUUGUUUGGACAAGAUUGAUGGCUACGAGUGUGCAUGCGAGCCAGGCUAUACAGGGAGCAUGUGCAACAUCAACAUCGACGAGUGUGCCAGCAGCCCCUGUCAUAACGGGGGCACCUGUGAGGAUGGCAUCAACAGCUUCACCUGCCGCUGCCCCGAGGGCUACCAUGACCCCACGUGCCUGUCCGAGGUCAACGAGUGCAACAGCAACCCCUGCAUCCACGGCGCCUGCCGGGACAGCCUCAAUGGGUACAAAUGUGACUGUGACCCUGGGUGGAGUGGGGCAAACUGUGACAUCAACAACAAUGAGUGUGAGUCGAACCCCUGUGUCAAUGGUGGUACCUGCAAGGACAUGACCAGUGGCUACGUGUGCACCUGCCGGGAAGGUUUCAGUGGCCCCAACUGCCAGACCAACAUCAAUGAGUGCGCGUCCAACCCGUGUCUGAACCAGGGCACUUGUAUUGAUGAUGUGGCAGGGUACAAGUGCAACUGCCUGCUGCCCUACACAGGAGCCACAUGUGAGGUGGUGCUGGCCCCGUGUGCCCCUAGUCCCUGCAGAAACGGUGGCGAGUGCAAGGCGUCCGAGGACUAUGAGAGCUUUUCCUGCGUCUGCCCCACAGGCUGGCAGGGGCAGACCUGCGAGGUUGACAUCAACGAGUGCGUGAAGAGCCCGUGCCGCCACAGCGCCUCCUGCCAGAACACCAACGGUAGCUACCGCUGCCACUGCCAGGCAGGCUACACGGGGCGCAACUGCGAGACGGACAUCGAUGACUGCCGGCCGAACCCGUGCCACAACGGUGGCUCCUGCACAGAUGGCAUCAACGCGGCCUUCUGCGACUGCCUGCCUGGCUUCCAGGGUGCCUUCUGCGAGGAGGACAUCAAUGAGUGUGCCAGCAACCCCUGCCGCCAUGGUGGCAACUGUACCGACUGCGUAGCCAGCUACACGUGCACCUGCCCCACAGGCUUCAGUGGGAUCCACUGUGAGAACAACACGCCUGACUGCACAGAGAGCUCCUGCUUCAAUGGCGGCACCUGCGUGGAUGGCAUCAACUCCUUCACCUGUCUGUGUCCACCUGGCUUCACGGGCAGCUACUGCGAGCACGACAUCAAUGAGUGUGACUCACGACCCUGUCUGCACGGCGGCACCUGCCAAGACAGCUACGGCACCUACAAGUGCACCUGCCCGCUGGGCUACACUGGCCUCAACUGCCAGAACCUUGUGCGCUGGUGUGACUCGUCCCCCUGUAAGAACGGCGGCAAGUGCUGGCAGACCAAUAUCCUGUACCGCUGCGAGUGCCACAGCGGCUGGACUGGCCUCUACUGUGACGUGCCCAGCGUGUCCUGCGAGGCGGCCGCACGUCAGCGAGGCAUCGACGUGACCCACCUGUGCCGGAACGGAGGGCUCUGCAUGGACGCGGGCAACACACACCACUGCCGCUGCCAGCCGGGGUACACGGGCAGCUACUGCGAGGACCAGGUGGAUGAGUGCUCGCCCAGCCCCUGCCAGAACGGGGCCACGUGCACGGACUAUCCUGGCGGCUACUCCUGCGAGUGUGUGGCCGGCUACCAUGGAGUGAACUGCUCCGAGGAGAUCAAUGAGUGCCUGUCCCACCCGUGCCAAAAUGGGGGCACCUGCAUCGACCUCACCAACACGUACAAGUGUUCCUGUCCCCGGGGCACACAGGGGGUGCACUGUGAAAUCAACAUGGAUGACUGCAACCCCCCUAUUGACCCCGUCUCCCGCGGCCCCAAGUGCUUUAACAAUGGCACCUGCGUGGACCAGGUGGGUGGCUACAGCUGCACCUGCUUGCCCGGCUUUGUGGGCGAGCGCUGUGAGGGUGACGUCAACGAAUGCCUCUCCAACCCUUGCGACUCCCGUGGCACCCAGAACUGCGUGCAGCGCAUCAAUGACUUCCACUGCGAGUGUCGCCCUGGCCACACUGGGCGCCGCUGUGAGUCAGUCAUCAAUGGCUGCAAAGGGAAGCCCUGCAAGAACGGUGGCACGUGCGCCGUGGCCUCCAACACUGCCCGCGGAUUCAUCUGCAAAUGCCCAGCGGGCUUCGAGGGCGCCACGUGUGAGAAUGACGCGCGCACCUGCGGCAGCCUGCGAUGCCUGAAUGGCGGCACCUGCAUCUCAGGUCCACGCAGCCCCACCUGCCUGUGCCUGGGCCCCUUCACGGGCCCUGAGUGCCAGUUCCCGGCCAGCAGCCCCUGUGUGGGUGGCAACCCCUGCUACAACCAGGGCACCUGCGAGCCCACGUCCGAGAGCCCGUACUACCGCUGCCUGUGUCCUGCCAAGUUCAACGGGCUCCUGUGCCACAUCCUGGACUACAGCUUCAGGGGUGGUGUGGGCCUGGACAUCACCCCACCGCAGAUUGAGGAGGCCUGUGAGCUCCCCGAGUGCCGCGAGGAGGCCGGUAACAAGGUCUGCAGCCUGCGGUGCAACAACCACGCGUGUGGCUGGGACGGUGGCGACUGCUCCCUCAACUUCAACGACCCGUGGCAGAACUGCACGCAGUCACUGGAGUGCUGGAAGUACUUCAGCAACGGCCACUGUGACAGCCAGUGCAACUCGGCUGGCUGCCUCUUCGACGGCUUCGACUGCCAGCGUGCAGACGGCCAGUGCAACCCCCUGUAUGACCAGUACUGCAAGGACCACUUCAGCGACGGGCACUGCGACCAGGGCUGCAACAGAGCGGAGUGCGAGUGGGACGGGCUGGACUGUGCGGAGCACGUGCCAGAGCGGCUGGCAGCUGGCACGCUGGUGGUGGUGGUGCUCAUGCCACCUGAGCAGCUGCGCAACGACUCGUUUCACUUCCUGCGGGAGCUCAGCCGCCUGCUCCACACCAACGUGGUCUUUAAGCGAGAUGCCAAUGGCCAGCAGAUGAUCUUCCCCUACUAUGGCCGAGAAGAGGAGCUGCGCAAGCACCCCAUCAAACGCUCUGUGGAUGCCUGGGCUGCCCCCGGGGCCCUGCUCGGCCAGGUGAAGGCCACACUGCUCCCGGGCAGCGGGGGCGGGCGCUGGCGCAGGGAGCUGGACCCCAUGGACAUCCGCGGGUCCAUCGUAUACCUGGAGAUAGACAAUCGGCAGUGCGUCCAGUCGUCCUCACAGUGCUUCCAGAGCGCCACCGACGUGGCCGCCUUCUUGGGGGCGCUCGCCUCACUGGGCAGCCUGAACAUCCCCUACAAGAUCGAGGCCGUGCAGAGUGAGACGGUGGAGCCGCCCCCGCCUCCUCCGCUGCACUUCAUGUAUGUGGCCUUGGCCGCCUUUGUCCUGCUCUUCUUCGGGGGCUGCGGGGUGCUCCUGUCCCGCAGGCGCCGGCGGCAGCAUGGCCAGCUCUGGUUCCCUGAGGGCUUCAAGGUGUCAGAGGCCAGCAAGAAGAAGCGGCGGGAGCCCCUCGGCGAGGACUCUGUGGGUCUCAGGCCCCUGAAGAACUCCUCGGAUGGCGCCCUUAUGGAUGACAAUCAGAAUGAGUGGGGCGACGAGGACCUGGAGACCAAGAAGUUCCGGUUCGAGGAGCCAGUGGUCCUUCCUGACCCGGAUGACCAGACAGACCACCGGCAGUGGACCCAACAACACCUGGACGCCGCCGACCUGCGAGUGUCUGCCAUGGCCCCCACCCCACCCCAGGGCGAGGCUGACACCGACUGCAUGGACGUCAACGUCCGUGGGCCUGACGGCUUCACGCCCCUCAUGAUCGCCUCCUGCAGCGGAGGGGGCCUGGAGACGGGCAACAGCGAAGAGGAGGAAGAUGCACCAGCCGUCAUCUCAGACUUCAUCUACCAGGGCGCCAGCCUGCACAACCAGACGGACCGCACAGGGGAGACUGCCCUGCACCUGGCUGCUCGCUACUCACGCUCGGACGCAGCCAAGCGCCUGCUGGAGGCCAGCGCUGACGCCAACAUCCAGGACAACAUGGGACGCACUCCGCUGCACGCGGCUGUGUCUGCUGAUGCACAGGGUGUCUUCCAGAUCCUGAUCCGGAACCGAGCCACGGACCUGGACGCCCGCAUGCAUGAUGGCACGACUCCGCUGAUCCUGGCUGCCCGCCUGGCUGUGGAAGGCAUGCUGGAAGACCUCAUCAACUCGCACGCCGACGUCAACGCCGUUGAUGACCUAGGCAAAUCUGCCUUGCACUGGGCCGCCGCCGUGAACAACGUGGAGGCUGCUGUUGUGCUCCUGAAGAACGGUGCCAACAAGGACAUGCAGAACAACAAGGAGGAGACACCUCUGUUCCUGGCCGCCCGGGAGGGCAGCUACGAGACCGCCAAGGUACUGCUGGACCACUUUGCCAACCGGGACAUCACGGACCACAUGGACCGCCUGCCCCGGGACAUCGCGCAGGAGCGUAUGCAUCAUGACAUUGUGCGGCUGCUGGACGAGUACAGCCUGGUGCGCAGCCCCCAGCUGCACGGCACCGCCCUGACCGGUACACCCACCCUAUCACCCCCGCUCUGUUCGCCCAAUGGCUACCUGGGCAAUCUCAAGCCUACCGUGCAGGGCAAGAAGGCCCGCAAGCCCAGCACCAAGGGCCUUGCUGGUGGUGGCAAGGAGGCCAGGGACCUCAAAGCACGGAGGAAGAAGUCGCAGGACGGCAAGGGCUGCCUGCUGGACAGCGCGAGUGUGCUGUCGCCCGUGGACUCCCUCGAGUCACCCCACGGCUACCUGUCAGAUGUGGCCUCACCGCCCCUCCUGCCUUCUCCGUUCCAGCAGUCUCCAUCUGUGCCCCUCAACCACCUGCCUGGCAUGCCUGACGCCCACCUUGGCAUCAGCCACUUAAGUGUGGCGGCCAAGCCCGAGAUGGCAGCGCUGGGCGGGGGUGGCCGGCUGGCUUUCGAGGCGGGGCCGCCACGCCUCUCCCACCUGCCUGUGGCCUCCAGCACCGGCACAGUCCUGGGCACCGGCAGUGGCAGCGGGGCUGUGAAUUUCACCGUGGGUGGGACCACGGGCUUGAACGGCCAGUGCGAGUGGCUGUCCAGGCUGCAGAAUGGCCUGGUGCCAAAUCAGUACAACCCUCUGCGGGGGAACGUGGCGCCAGGCGCACUGAGCACACAGGCCUCGGCCCUCCAGCACGGCAUGAUGGGCCCGCUGCAUGGUGGCCUCUCUGCCACCACCCUGUCCCAGAUGCUGAGCUACCAGGCCCUGCCCAACACCCGGCUGGCCACCCAGCCUCACCUGGUGCAGACCCAGCAGGUGCAGCAGCCGCCGCAGCAAAACUUACAGAUGCAGCAGCAGCCAAGCAUCCAGCAGCAGCAGAACCUACAGCCGCCGCCGCCCCAGCCACACCUCGGCGUGGGCUCUGCCACCAGUGGCCACCUGGGCCGGAGCUUCCUGGGCGGAGAGCCAAGCCAGGCAGACGUGCAGCCGCUGGGCCCCAGCAGCCUGGCAGUGCACACCAUCUUGCCGCAGGACAGCCAGGUCCUGCCCACAUCACUGCCAUCCUCCCUGGUCCCUCCCAUGACCACUGCCCAGUUCCUUACGCCACCUUCACAGCACAGCUGCUCCUCCUCGCCUGUGGACAACACCCCCAGCCACCAGCUGCAGGUGCCCGAGCACCCCUUCCUCACCCCGUCCCCCGAGUCUCCCGACCAGUGGUCCAGCUCGUCCCCACAUUCCAACAUCUCUGAUUGGUCCGAGGGCAUCUCCAGCCCGCCCACCAGCAUGCAGUCCCAGAUCGCCCACAUUCCAGAGGCCUUCAAGUAGCCGCUGGCCGCGGGACCACACUUCCUUCCCCAGGCCUUGCCGGGGUGAUCACCCCGGCACUCCAUGGAUGCCAGGCCGACCAAAGGAGGUUUUUUUUUUUUUUUUAAAAGAAACA